AUGAAGGGUAAAGGGGAUGUGAUAUACACAGUCAUUGGCUUAUACGCUCCUACGGAGGAUGCUACACUUGAAGUGAAAGAUGAAUUUUAUGGGAAAAUUACAGAAGUUUUAGAUGGCAUGGGGCAGAGAAAUGAAAUAAUCAUUAUGGGUGAUUUAAAUGGAAGAACAGGUAGGAGAGUAAAAGAUGAAGUAGUUGGGCGUUUUGGGGAAGAUACAAUUAAUGAUAACGGCUUGAGGUUAAUAAGAUUAUGUCAACAAUAUGAAUUUAUAAUUCAGAAUGGUUUCUUUCAACACAAGCAGAUCCAUAGAUUCACAUGGCAGCAAAAUACUAAAGGCUUACGGUCAAUAAUUGGCUAUGUGAUAACCAAGCAGGAAUCUAGUAUUAAGAUAUUGGAUGUUCGAGUUCAGAGGGGAGCAGUUUGUGGCUCAGAUCAUUUCCUUGUUAAGGCGAAAAUUGAUUUGAAGGUAAGAGCUUCAGGAAAUAGGAAAGAAUUAGGAGAAGUCCAACUGCAGAUAAAACAACCUAGGUAUAAUAUUGAUAGAUUGAAACAUAGUUCAAAUGUAUUUUUAUACAAACUUAGGCUGGCUAGAAAAAUGACACAACCACAAGUUGUCACAGAACAAAUGUAUUACCAACUGAAAGCUUGUAUCAAUGAAGCAGCUAAGGAAGCAUUGGGAGAAGAGGAAACGAAAAGAAAUGGAAGGAAAAGCUAUUGGUGGAGCGAAGAGAUCAGGGGACUUGUAGAGGAGAAGAAGAAAUUAUAUUUAACAUGGCUCUCCACCAGUGAUGUGGAGACAAGUACACAGGAGAUGAUGUUACCUGGUUACAAAAGAAGUAAAGAAGCUAAAAAAUGA